AACAUCCAUUCGCUGCUCCUCAAUUCACCAUUGCCACCUCAAUUCUGCAUGAAAGUGGGUUUCUUCGAAUAAAGAUUAGGAAAUGCGAAAAAUUACCCAGUGUGUGUGUCAUGACGAACUUGGUAUCACAUCUUGGCUCUGCUUAUCGGCGUAAAAUAUUCAAUAUCGCCGUUUACGAAUAUUCCUAUCAGUAUUAUGCCAUUCCUGAUACAUCCACCAGCCUUACCGAAUUUUCAUGAAUUCGAGGAAUGCGCCAUCCAGGAUAUCAAUAUCUCUAUCAACUUUUUUCAUCACAAAAGAACCCAUCAAACGGGUAAAUCGACGAUCGAGAAGAGUUCUGUGGUGAUUGCACCGAUACUCCGAUGUUAAUCUAAUAAGGUUGGGAAGAAUCUGGGGGAAAUCAAUGCUCCAUUAAGUUUCUCCACUCUCUCAUAGAUGCGAAUGGAGCUGUGGGAUUGGUUGUAUUCGACGUCUUAUCGGACCCAGGCCUCUAAUAUCUUUAUAUCCGGCAUGUAUAAUGUAUUGUUGACUUUUCAAGACAUUAGUUGAUAUGUACGUCUUGUCACUUCAACGAUGUACGCUGCACACCGAUAAACAACGCAAAGUAAUGGGCGAUGUACCAGUUACUAGGAUAAGCGUCAAGUGAGGGGCCGGAACAUACUUCUGGCCACACAGCUAUCUUCAACAUCUAGCUACAGCAAGAUAUCCGGCAAUGUUGUAUCUUUUAUCUGCCGUUACACCUCAUACGAUCUUUUCAGGAUCUUCAAUAUUUGGAUAUACAUGAAAUAAAGUAUAUUUCACUCCAAUCGCGGAGGUACCUAAUACAAAGGUCCGACUCCGCUGGAAGCACAGAAUUCAAUGAAGAUGUGGUGUGCUUCCGUGCCUGCGUCUGCAGGGUACAGAUGCAUGGGAUAUACACAUGUCCGCAACAUUCCAGUGGAUUGAUUGUUGCUGAGUAUACUGCGCAAUGGAUAGCAACAUGAUAGAUUAGGUAUUUGCAUGAUAGAUGUCUUGCAAUCGAAAUGAAUCAUGAUAGAGUAGAUAGCUACAAGCUAUGUGACUUGACAAGGAGAGCGCCAAUCUCUCCUCCAGGGGAAGAAGGUAAACGGUAUAAGUUUGGGGGUUUACUUUGGAGAGUGCGAAAAUAGAAGAAUUUAUUAAGCCCCCACGCUUUUCUUUCUUGAUCAGAGCAAUAAGAGGAUAUUUUUGUUACCUCAUAUCUUUGAUAUCACACAGAGCAAUCUCAAAUGGCGCCAGCUUACAAUGAAAAUGUGAUGAACGUGGAGGUCAUAUCCCACGUCAGUAAUAAGUCUAGCAUUCUUAGUAGCGUUCUACACGGAAUACAAGAUGUGAGAUUGGAAGUUCGUAAUAUCACCGAACCUCUUGUCGGAGAACUCCAAGUCCAGAUCAAAUCGACUGGCAUCUGCGGCUCUGAUGUAAGCUACUACAAGAAGUUCGCUAAUGGCGACUUAUGUGCUUGUGCACCUCUAUCUCUUGGUCAUGAAGCUUCAGGUGUGGUUGUAGGGAUCGGACCACAAGUUAAUGGCUUUGCUAUUGGAGACCGAGUCGCCCUUGAGGUGGGCAUAUCAUGUGGUCAAUGUGAUAUCUGUAGAAAAGGAAGAUAUAACCUUUGCAAGAAGAUGAGAUUCAGGAGUAGUGCAAAAAGUGUACCUCAUUUUCAGGGGACAUUGCAAGAGAGGAUCAAUCACCCAGCUGUUUGGUGUCACAAGCUUCCGGAUCAUAUCUCAUUCGACGCUGCUGCACUUUUGGAACCACUCUCCGUGGCAAUUCAUUCUGUGAAUCGAGCAGCACCUACACCUGGAUCCACAGCCGUUGUCAUCGGAGCUGGAGCAGUAGGCCUCCUCGUCGCUGCCAUGGCUCGUCAAUCUGGCUGUCCUAUUGUAUCGAUAACCGACAUCUCCGCGAACCGGGUCCAAUACGCCCUCGACCAUGGUUUCGCUACCCACGGAUACGUGAUUCCUCCUUCUAGCUCCAACUCCAGCGCUCUCUCCACUGCUUCCUCCUCGGGAACAUCCACGCCUUCUUUAGCUUCAGGAACCACGACACCUAUCUCUUCCUAUACCACCAUCUCCGAUCGUCUCAACUCUGCAAAGUGCACUGCUUCAGACAUCCUCUCCAUUUCAUCCCCAGAUGAUAUUCUCGCCGAAGACGACCACGAAGGCGCUGACGUAACUUUUGAAUGCACCGGUAAGGAAAUUUGCAUGCAAACCGCCAUCUACAGCACCAAACCGGGUGGAAAAGUAAUCAUGGUCGGCAUGGGAACACCCAUCCAAACGCUCCCUCUCUCCGCUGCUCAUCUCCGCGAAGUAGAUAUCCUAGGCGUCUUCAGAUACGCAAAUACGUAUCCAACCGGUAUCAGAAUGUUAGGUGCUAGCGGAAAGAAAGGAGGUCUUCCGAGCUUGGACAACAUGGUUACGCAUCGAUUUAAAGGUCUCGGAAAUGCGAAGCAAGCAUUUGAGUUGGCGGGGAAGACGACGGAUGAGCACGGGGAUCUUAUCUUAAAGGUGGUUAUCGAGGUAUAGAAGCAUACAAGCGGAAACAAUGGAGUUAUUUGACCUUUGUGGGAAUAUAAUGAAUUUCUCUUCUGUUCUUUUCUUAAAUACACGAUUUAGUAAGCUUUUGAAAGGUCAAUCUGGGAAAGUGGUUGAAGGGAUGGAAUUUGGUGUUUUGCUGUGAAAGAAAGAUAUCUGGUAUUGGGUUGGCGUCAUGCUAUGAAGCUGGAGAUGGAUAGAUCAAGCAAAUUUGCAAUUCAAUUGAUAAAUUCAAAUUUCGGCUCAUGUUGAUAACAUAUUACUUAGACUAAACCUCAAGCACACGUGAGAUCAAUACUCUUUUCCUAAAUGGGUA